UAGCCACGUAGGUACACAUCGCCACAAUGGCACAAUCUCGUCGCCUUAUCUGCCGGUUGCCGCGUUAUUGUGACGGAUGAUGAUGAUGUGACCGCGGGUGUUAAUCUUAAUAGUUAAUUCUAUGGUUUUAUUUUUUAUUUGCUCGGUCAUUUUUUCCACUACGUGACUACCGCGUCUUGCGAUUACUUCUUACUGCAGCGUACUUAAUUGCAAUAAUAUUUUUAUCGGCCACUCAUAAAUCCUAACAGACAUUGACGGUCCCGAUAUCAACGUCGUUGCCAAAGGCCGAAAAUCCUUCUGUCGAACGUCCGAUCGCGACUGUUGUCAAUCGUUGACGAUUUCUCGUCACUGACUACAACUUAAUAUCACCACCCUCGCGGUUUCACACAGCGGAGUUCUGACGAAGUUCAUAAUUUUAAUUUUGUAGGACGGACAUUUUGUCGAGCGCUCCCGAGGUUCAUUCAAUUGAUUACAAUACGUGCUGUGCGAACUCUUUCAUUAUUAUUUCACGUUCCUGCUCAAACAUGAAGUUCAUUGAAGAGAUCAAACAAAAAUUUGGCUCCACGGUUCACAUUCGAUGUGAAAAUGAUGUCAACGCAAAGAUUGCACAGCUAGUGACGGACGGCCCUGAUAAAUUACAAAUAAUAUCAGAUUUCGAUCGAACCAUAUCUACGUCAGAGUACAACAACAAACAAACAAUGAGUAGUUUUAGUGUAUUUGAAUCAUGUGACAGUUUAUCAGAAGAUUACAAAGAAAAAGCCCGAAUAUUAUUACAAACAUAUCGACCAAUUGAAGAUAACACACAAAUGACAGUCGCACAAAAGUUACCAUUUAUUGAAGAAUGGUGGCAAAAAAGUCAACUUUUGUUGAAAGGCUUGUGUUUUCAGUAUAAAGAUAUUAAAAAAUCUAUUGAGAAAGCUGACCUUCAUCUUAGAGAUGGUAGUACUGAAGCAUUUAACAAAUUAUUCUGCAAAAAAAUACCUAUUAUUGUUUUAUCCGCUGGCAUUGGUGAUGUUGUUGAACUCAUACUAUUGCAUGAAAAUUUGUUAACUGAUAAUGUAAAAGUUGUAUCAAAUUUUUUAAAAUUGUCUACAGACAAUAACGGUUUAUCUACAAUUGAAGGAUUUAAAGGAGAAAAACUCAUACAUGUAUUUAAUAAAAAUGAACAUGCAUACAUUGAUACACAUCAAAAUGAUACACAUUUAAAUGGAAGAUCCAAUGUUAUCCUUUUAGGUGAUUCGUUAGGAGAUGCAAAUAUGGAUGGUGGUAUUCAAUACGAUACUGUACUACGUAUAGGAUUUUUAAAUGCCAAUUUGCUGGAACAUGAAGAUGGUUAUUUGCAACAAUAUAAACUUGCUUUUGACAUAGUUUUGGUUCAAGAUCAAACAAUGGGAUUGCUAAAUUAUGUGUUGGAUGAAGUAAUUGGAGACAUAUCAAAACCUUCAAAUAAAAAAUAAUAUGAAGAGACAACAAAGUGGCUAUUACUAAAUACUACAUAGUGAUAAAAAUCAAAUUACAUGUAUCUUAUUUACAUUUUACAUUUAUAUAUAUAAAAUACUGAAACUAAUC